AUACAGUCCAUACAGCUGGCCGGCAUCAAUCUAAUCUGAAAAUUCAACAAGAACACAAGAAGGAAGACACUCAAUCUUUCUUUCUUUAAAGGCCAACAUUUUGUGCAAGUUAUGCUUGCCAGUCUUCGCUUACCCCUCAACGCGAUCAAAAGUAGUUUCGGUGCCAUCAGCCCUCGCUUUGUGCAUUCCAGCUCACUUCUCAACAUGCCCAUCAAAGUUGGAGACCAAGUUCCUAGCGUUGACCUCUUCGAGGCCUCUCCCGCCAACAAAGUCAACAUUGCCGACCUCUGCGCCAACAAGAAAGUCAUCGUGUUUGCCGUUCCUGGAGCCUUUACACCAGGCUGCUCCAAGACUCAUCUCCCUAGCUAUGUGAGCAAGGCGGACGAUCUGAAAAGUAAGGGUAUUGACGAGAUCGUGUGUAUCUCUGUGAACGAUCCGUUUGUCAUGGACGCCUGGGGAGUUGCCCAGAAUGCGAAGGGCAAGAUUCGCAUGCUUGCUGACACAACAGCGCAGUUCACCAAGGCAGUUGAGCUGGACAUGGAUAUUGCUCCACUUGGCGGAGUUCGUUCGAAGCGCUACAGCAUGGUUGUGGAGAAUGGCAAGGUGCAGUCGAUCAACGUGGAGCCUGACGGCACCGGUCUCUCUUGUUCCCUCGCUGACAAAAUUGGAGUUUAAAUUGUAAAGAUCUGUAAAAUGCCAGAUGUUUAGAGAAUGUUUCAAGAGCACCUCAGGGCCAUCAGAUAUGAUUUUUGUACACUGAUUAUUUUUCUAGGUAUCAGGACAGGAAUUAAAAAAGCUGGCAGCUAUUGUAAAAAGGGAAAUUUUAUUGAGGUUGUUAAUUGAUUAAAUUAGAAAAGAGUGUAACCACGCAAAUAAUAUAACAAACUGCCACAGUCAA